CAUCUUGUGAUAAGUCAAAAUUCCAGUGGGUUGGGUUACUUUACUGGUCAAUCAAAUAAUUUGCUGGUUUAUUAAGUAGUUGUUAAUGAAUUUCGUAAAGUAAUAAUAUUUACUUAUCCAAUUAAUUAAUGUAAAUUGAUUCUUAAACGCUAAAAAAUGAGUAAGAAGUGCGCAAGGUGUGAAAAGACAGUAUAUCCUACUGAAGAACUUAAAUGCUUGGACAAGGUUUGGCAUAAGCUAUGUUUCAAAUGCAAAGAUUGUGGAAUGGCACUCAAUAUGAGAAACUACAAGGGAUUCAACAAGGAACCCUAUUGCGAAGCUCAUAUUCCAAAAGCCAAGGCAACGACUAUGGCUGAAACCCCUGAGCUGAAACGAAUCGCUGAAAAUACCAAACUGCAAUCUAAUGUUAAGUACCACGCUGAUUUUGAAAAAAGUAAAGGUAAAUUUACGCAAGUGGCGGACGAUCCAGAAAUGUUGAGAAUUAAACAAAAUACGAAAAUUAUUAGCAAUGUAGCAUAUCACGGAGAUCUUCUUAGGAAAGCUGAAAUGGAACAAAAGAGGCAGAUAAACGAAAAUUCAAAUGGGUUUAAAGAUCCAGAUCUCAAAAAUGCUAAUCAGCCUCAACCGCAACCAACGUAUAAUGCCUCAUCUUCUCAUUCCCAACCACCAGCUCCUAUGCAGACUCCAGUUACUAAAAGUAUGGGAAAAAUAGACGAUUAUGACCCACAGGCAACAGCAGGACAGUAUCAAAGCCCAUAUUCGUCUAGAAAUUCCCAAACUCUUAUUUACUCAUCAGAUGUUGGAAGCGUCAAUAAUCCGCCUCAGCGUCAUAUAGGUUCUGUACAUGAUAUGGAUCCCGUAAAUCAUAACUAUGGCUCUUUGGGUCGAGUUUAUCGAGCCAUGUACGACUACGAAGCACAGGAUAUAGACGAAGUGAGUUUCCAAGAUGGGGAUCUUAUAGUAAACGUGCAGAGUAUAGACGGUGGUUGGAUGACAGGCGAGGUGCAACGUACAGGGCAAGUAGGGAUGUUGCCCGCUAAUUAUGUACAAAUGGUAAACAUUUGAAGUGAAUUUUUAGAUAUUUUUUAACUUUUUGACCCUUUUACAAUAACCAGUCCUUAUUUAUGCAUCAAAUAGGCGUUGGUUUCGUACUGCAACUAUAGAAAAAAAAUGUAUGAUAUAUUUAUCAUAAAAAAAGUUGUUAAGGUCUAGUGCGAUUUUUCGACAGUUGCAGUAUCCACAUAAGAAGUACUACUUGUAAUUGAUAUCAAAUUAAAUACUAACAAGAUGCAUGUUGUGCUUUUCGCCACAAUGACAAUAGUUAAUAGCUGGGCUAUUAAAAGAAAAUGUGCCAAAAUAACAAUGUAGAUUAAUUUAUAAUAGCACAGAUUAUCAAUGAUUACCAAAUAAAUGAUUUGUUCUUCCCAAUUUCAAGAAGAUCUAAAAUUGUAAUCUCUUAAACUACUUCAUUCAUUUGUUAAAAUAUUGUAUUCUAUAUUUACUAAACUUACACUAAACAACAACACUAAACAAUUAUUGAUCGUUCUUGUUAUAAUAUUGAAAUGAUCGUUCUUGUUAUUAUAUUAAUACUGAUUGUUAUCAGAUGUCUUCAUAUCACGGUAAUACGUAUCUAUGAUUAUAUUAAUUUUUAAAUUGGGCUUCCAUAUAAAAUACGUUAGAUUUUACAAGGCUGUAUACACAAAAUAUACACAAUUUGUAUAUUUGAGACUAUUUGAUGCAUAAAAUAGGAAGAGGCAAAACUCACUGAAACGUCUGCCUAACAUAUCGCUAUGUUUCUUGGUAGUGAUUUUUCAACUUUGACAAAACUUAGUCAGCUAACGUUGAGUAAGUUUUUGUAUGUAUGUGCUAUUAUAUUUUUUGCAAUUACCAAACUUGUUUUAGUAUAUUAUAUUCACGAUGUACCAUCUAACUCGCAUAGCAUUUUAGAGACUGCCUCGUUUACUACUAAACAUUUUUAAGUUUAAAAGUCCACUAUCAACUUACAAUCGUUUGCUAUUGUUAAUAAGUAAUUUAUCUGUCAAUAAGACUUCUCCAGUUACCUCACAUUGGUAACUCACAAAUAAAACAUUUGCUAGCUUGAGAUACUUCAGAUUCAAAUUGCAAAGUAAAUGUUUAUUAAGCAACAUUGUCCCAGUCAUCAGGGUGAAUUGGCGCAGUCGAUCAAAGAAGAUAUAUUUAUUUUUAUGUUUAUUUAUUUUUAAAUACAACAUAUAAUAUAUUUUACCGUAUACUGUCUUGACGUAACUCUUGUACUUGCUGUUUACUAUGUGCUAUGUACACUGUCAGAAUUCGAAGAACUGAACAUUUACAUCGGCAAAUUUUUACAUAUACAGAUACUUUUGUGUGUUGAUGUUGGAUUUUUGAAAUCAUUUAUAUAUUUUAUCAAAACACUGUAUAAAUUAGUUGUGUAAAAUAGCAAUAAAUAUAUUUGAGUAACUUAUAAAAUCAACGUUACGGGAUUAAAUAAAACGUAAAUGUCAUUCCAUAAUUAGCCAUUGUACUUGCCAUUUUGUUGGUUAUGUGAAAAACAAAAUUAUCCGUGGGUCAUUUUGAUUUAGAAAGCUAUCAAAAGUUUGUUACAAAUAAGAGACCCUUAUCAUUGCAACUGAAAUCUUUAGAUCAAAUAUAAUAUUUUUAGAAUAUUUUAACAUAUAUAUUGUUAUGGUUUUUACUUAUUAAGCUGUAUCUUUAUAUAAACAUUAUUUAUUAUUUAUUUAGUGAUUCAAUUAAGAGUAUAUAUAUAAUUUAUUGAUUCUAAACAUCCACCUUUAUUUAUAUCCUUAACGUAUCAUAAUAUGGAGUAUACGAACAUUUUUUGUGGACCGUAUUUUUUACAGAGGAACGUAUGUAAAGUCGCCCAUUAUUACUACUUCUCUUAUAUUUCCCGUUUUAUUUAAUAGGAGUGUCAAAUUUUCGUAUAAUUCUUCCUUUUCAGUAUCACUUGCAUCGUCCAUUAUUGAAUAUAUGUCUAAUAUAGUAAUCUUGUUUGAAUUAUAUUAGAAUGCUAAUAAUUCGUUCAUUAAUCGGUUAGGGCUCAUACUCCUGCUAUGGUAAGUUUGUCCUUGCUAUCAACACUAUCAAAGGGUAAAUAACUACCUUUUCUCUCAUUUCUAUUCCCCUUCUUUUUUUAUCACUUAAAACUAAAAUAUCUAACGCAUAGUCAUCGGAAGUCUCAAAUAACUGAUGUUUGGUACUGAUACCUUGCACGUUCCAACAUCGUAAAUUCAUAGGAUACUUUGAAGGAUACUUUUUUUAAGAAGGACAUAAAUUAUUAGUAUUAGAACUAUGUGAUGUGCAUGUAUUUUUAAUGUAAUAUAUAAUAAUAAAAAUACAUUAAAUGAUGGAGAAAGAAAUCAGAAAGUACUCAAAAAAUUGUUUAUUGCUUAUGAAUAAUAAAACUAGAACAUAAACUUAUAAGGAAACAUUAAAUUAAAAUAAAAACGUACUAAUACAGAAAGUAUUCCAAUUGCUGACGAAGUCAGAAGUGAAGUGCCUAAUUAUACAUGGUACAAAAAGGGGUUCUUGAAAAGAAAGAUAUAGAAAAUAUAAAAAAUAAAUGUAAGUAAUUAAUUAAACAACGUACUUAUGAAUAUUUAUAACUGAUUAGGUAAAAACAAAGCUCCAUUAGCUAUAUAAUAAUAUAUUAUAACGGUGACGAGUACGAAAAAUGGGAUUUAACAUAUUAGACACAUCUGAAUUGAAGGAAUGGCAGUGUUGUGCCUACGUUAGGUGCAUUAUCGGCGGGCGAUAAAUAUUUAAAAGUAUCCGAAUAUCAAAAAAAGUAUCCGGAUGCCGGAUACUUUAAAAUUUGAUCACGGAUACGGAUACCGGAUACAAAAUUUAAAAAGUUUUCGGAUACAUAAAAAGUAUCCGGAUACAGAAGUAUCCGGAUACUACCCAGCUCUGACAAAAAGUACAAAAAAAAAAGUAGCUGAAUAUUACCAAACCUAAAUUAAUCACAUACAUAAUAUCAGACGACAUGAGUAACAAAGGACAACGCGCGAAUCAACGUUGAAUAAUUUUGGUUUUUGGAAAAACCAUUAUUUUGACGACGUUUCGACAAGGUCAAACUUGCCAUUGUCAAGUCGCCAGAUUAGUUCUGUUGUCCUGAUGCUCGAGGGGAACUGGAGAAGUGGUACUCUUUUUUCUAAAUAUUCUUGAAUUCCUUUAAGAAAGUUAUUUUGUGUGGCUUUUAUUGCACUUUGUCUCUGAAAUCAAAUAGUCUCUUCCUUUACUAAAUUCUCGAAUUUCUUGACUACUCUUCAUAUCAUUUUUUAACCACCUUUUAACAGUGCGCCAAGUGCUACAUUUUUAUUUCCUUAACCCUCCAAUCAUCGCUCUGAGUAUGACAGACUCAAUGAAACUUUAUUGCUGGAUUUAUUAUUAUCAGGAAGUGCUAGUGAGCUGGAUAUCUCAAUAGCUUCUUACCCUAACUUGUUUUUGUUUUCCUCAAUAGAUUGUACCGGUUAGUUAUAUAAAUAAUUAAUUGAAGUAUGUACAUAUAAAAAAAUUUGUGAAAAUAUGGAAUUGACAUAUCACAGUUUGAGCCUCAUCGACUUAACGCAACAAGUCAUGUUCCACCAAGAGGGGCGAAUACCGAAGGGUUCAAAUAAAAAAAAUACCACGUUUUUUAUAAUCUCUUAAUUAAAUUACACGAAAAUUAUAUUAAAUUAAAAAAACCAUAACAAUACAUUGUAUAUAAUGAUCUAGGAGUGAGAAUAAUGUUUAAAAUCUUGUACAUUGGCUCUUAUAAUCUGUUUUUCUCCAUAAUAUAUUUUUUUGUCAUGUAAUUCGUUAUGAGACACAUUAUGAGAAUAUAGCUGGACAACCUAACAAAGUAAGUAUAACGAAUAAUAACCCCAGAAUGGUAUGAUGUAAAAGAAUAAUUAAGAUAUUUUGAAAAGGGAGAAAGAAUAUUUGAGCAAUGUAUAGUUUCAGUACUUGCUUUAAUGCUGAACCAACUACUUUCAGUUUAUUGGGACUUAUUUACCCCAAGCACGAUAUAAAUAUUGUUACACCUUUUUAAAUUACUUUUAUUGAAACACCAACAAUAUUACAAUACUUUUGACUCAAUGACAACUAUCAAGUUUAAAAGCUCAAUUAUUACUGUUCUUAAAAUGUCACCUUCCUGUGUUUAUAUACAUUUUCUGACGUUCUAGACAUUUCGGGAUUUUUCGAUGACAUCUCAGAACAUUUUUUUACUACUUCGUUUUUUUCAAGGAACUUUUUCUAUAUGGAAUAAAUCUCGCUGAAGUGUCGUAACACUGCACCCUCCUUUAUAGUUGAUUGUUUUAUCAAGGAAGUACACUCGAAGUACAAAAACAAACCCUCGAAGCUCUACAUGACGUACCUUAGCAGUAACCCUGGGCACCAGGUGCUUCGGAGGUCGGUUCUGAUUGCAAAUUCGUGUUCAGUGACCCCAAAUACCCCGAAAUAAGAAAAUCUGGCCCUUAAUAUACUCAUUUUAACAUGUUUAUGCAUUUUUCGAGGCGUUUUAUACACUUUAAAAUGUAAUAAUGCAUUUCCACCUAUUUUUUUAUUGUACUUUUUUCCAGACGUCAUCCUAAUCCUAAAUACAAUGCAAAAAGUUGCAAGUCUCUAUGUACCUACUAUAUUUAAAAUAGAUUUAUUCCUGUGUUUUUAGUGUUAAAUGCCCUGGUCUAACAAAAAAAAUGCCAUACCUACAUGUAAAAUUAAAGUUGAUGAUCAUAGUCUAGAAAUAUUAUCAUUUCUACAUAUUUUCCGGUCAACCUAAGCUAUUUUUUUCUAGGCCUGAUAAGAAUAGUGUGUAUUUAUUAUUAAAAUCUAAUGUGUUGCAUUUCUAUUUUCAAAAGAACUAACAUCUGUGAAAUUCUGUGAAUUAUCUACCUCGACAAAUCGUAUAGACAUCUGUUUCUGGGUGCAUGCUUUGUUAAAUGAAAUACCUCCCUCUAUUUCAGCUACUUCUCAGCGCCCUGUAAUCCUGUAAAACUCUUCAUAGCCUUCGCCCUACAUAGAUAAAAUUUUAGUUAACUGUACUUGAUACCGAACACUCGUGGAAUACCGAUCCGACUCCGAAAUCAACCGAGUAGAUACAAUACUCGAAAUCAAAAUAGGUACUCGCUCUGAUACGAUUGGUACGAAGUAACGAAGUAAUUUGAUCACAGGAACUAUAAUAGAACACACUUGUUUAAACUUAAAGGUUUGAAAAAACGUAGUAACAUUGAAAACUCGUUUAUAGAAAUAUUCUUAACCUGGUUAAAAGGAAUAAGAGAUGCAAUUGAUAAGAAUUAUUUAAAAUUGGUUUAUAUUCUACCAAAAGAAUCAGACGCGACGGCAAUACAGUUGAAAGCUACAGUUUUAAAGUAAAACACAGAUCCAUUUUUUUAAUAUAGUUGAGAGUGGUAAACUUACGAAGAUGUUGAAAGAUACAACAUCAAUGUUAGAUGUAAUCUUAAGAAACAUUAUCGAAAAUCAGAAUGUGGUAAUAUAGCUUCGAAGUUUAAGUGGAGAUAAGGUGAGAUAACCAGAAUGUUAGUACCAAUAGUCGAUUUAAAAAUGCAAAGAUACCGCAAACCAACAUAAUAGUACUACAUAUUAGAAUUGAAAUUUUUAGAAUUAAGAUCAAAAUAUUUUAUUAUCUUGAUGAUAAAAACCUUUACUCUCACUCCUGCAUCACUCAGUAUAAAUAAUAACCCUUGUGUAUUUAUGUAAACUUCAUUCCAAUUUGCAUUUAUCUUGUUUAGUUUAUCAUCGAUGUUAUAAAGCAAUGGUGUGUGCCUUUAUAUCCAAAUAAUCUUUUUACAUUGUUAAUAAUUAGUAUUACAGGGUAAGUCACAUUUACUACUUUAAUUAUCCAUAUCAAUGUUUUUAAAAAUGACAAUAGUGGUGCGCUAAAUGUGGCUCACUCUAUACAGGAUGCGCCUUGCUCAACGAGCCUACUGCAACCUAUAUCGAAUUUAAAUCAUUACCGCUACAGCAAAGUUAUUUAUGAUGAAGUUUCAACAAGCAUUUUGCAGAUACGCCAUUGAAUGAUUGGGACAGCGGAUUAUGACUGCAAGCGUGUAUAGCCGAUGCCAACCGAAGUGAAGAGCGCUAUCGUGCUUAUAUGGAUAUACCUAUAUAUACGCGUUUGAGGUUUUCAAUAUUUCGACGUCUUGGACGAAAACUAACAAAUAUUCAGAAAUUUAGCUGGCGUCGGCUAUACACGCUUGUAGUCAUAAUCCGCACUCUUCAUGCCUAUUCUGUAACUCAUUUCGAUUAUAGAAGUCAGGAAAAUCGAAUAGAAGUGGCUAAGUCGAAUAGAAAUAGUCAAAAUCGGCAUUUCAUAACUCCCUCGGAAUCUCUACAAUCGGAAUAUUGAAUAGAAAUUACUUCGACACCAUUUACCCUGUCGAAAUUAGAUUUCGAUAAUCUGAAUUGUGUUUGACGCAAGCGCAUUGUAUUUUGUUUUGACGUUUAUAUUUUAUAUCUACUAAAAAUAAUUAAUUACUACUUAUUUAUCAUUAUUUAUAGUAUUUUUACCUUUUGUAUCUGCUCAAUUUUUAGUGUGUGGUGGUAUUUACUUAGGGAAUUGCAUAUUUAAUUUAGACAUGUACGAGUAUGCAUCAAACCUAACCUUAAAAUUGAUUUGUUAUCCGAAAUUCAGAUUCUGAAUGCUGAAUAUUUGCCAGUCACAGUGUUGCCAAGUAUUUUUUUGUUAAUUUCUUGUACAAUUUCAAUCAAUUGCAUAAUGUACAAUAAUAUAUUGUACAAGAACGUUUAAAAUAUAAAGAUAGACUUAUAGCGUUGAUUGAUAAAUAUAUUAUACCAGUUUACUUGUAUUUAUACCGCUUAUAGAAAAGAAAAUAAUUAUAGAAAAGACGCCGUUUUUGGGAAAAGUUGUUUAUCAGUUAUUUUAGCUGGAAUCAAAUCUUAAGAUUGUAUAUAUUAGUAAUAUCUUACAUUAUACAUCUUAGCUUCAUUUAUCUCUUUUAUUUAUCAGUUUAUCUUCUUUUUUAGAACAAUUUUAAUUAACUUUGAUUUAAAACCAUUUAUCAUCUUUUGAGGUUUUUGUGUCCAAUAUUUACGCUAACAUUUUAUUGUUUACUUUUCAAAACUUUUCCUUAUUUCAAAACUAUUUAUAAAAAAGCAACUGUAUGUAAUGUGAUAAUAUGAAAAAUUGAAGAUAUGGCAACGGUGUCGUAUUUCAAAUUUAGAAAGAACUAGUAACAAACGGAUCACAGAACACAAUUUCGCUUGACAAUGCGGGGUUGCCACCUCCGCUUGACCGCGUGAAAUAGAAAUCGCUGAUUUCGAUUUAACUUGCUUACGAUGUGAGUUACAGAAUACCAAUCCAAACACGAAAAUGACGCGAUAGAUAUCAAACAUUCCGAUUUCAGGUAAUUACGAUUCGACUUGGUCAUUUCUAUUCGAUUUUUUAUAAGUUACAGAAUAGGGUUGAUUGUCUGGAAAUGCAAGUUGAAAAAUAUCCGUUUGCACAUCCACCAUAAACGACGUUUGCUGUACAUAUUACGUUUUCCUGCCAAAUAAAUGUUUCUUGUAAUUUUCUUACAUUAGGCUCAGUUCUGUAUAAUCUGGAACAUUCUGUAUAUUGGUUUUUGAUAGACUUUACGAUGUUUGUAUAUGUAUUUAUAACUGUUAAAUAUCUUACAAUGAGUUACAAGUUUUUCGAUGUGAUUUUUUAUACAAUUUGAGAUUGGAAAUUAGUAUUUUUGAAUAGUUUUGGUCAUAUACCUAUAUUAUUUAGCUCUAAUAUCGGCCUUUUAUAUAUUUAGGACAAUUUUAUAUAAAUCAUACACUUUUAUAUAAGAAAAAAUUAACUAAAAUAAUUUAAUGUACUACUUAUGUAUUCACAAUUAAUUAUCGUACUGUCAUACGUAUCAUACGUAAUAUCUACAUUUAGAAUCUCUAAUGAAUUAAAUAUACCGAUGUUAAUAUCUUUGUUAAAACGUAGAUAUAUAAAUAUAUUAAUUUUAUAAAUUG